AUGCGACUAUUUCCACAUGCAACACUAAAAUGUCGUACAAAUAUUUUAUUAUUUGUAUUUAUUGCUGAUCGAUGUAAUUUUAUUGUCCAUAUUAUUUUUGUAUUACAAUGUGCAAUACUUAUAUUCUGUUCAAUGAUAGCAAUAUAUAUUAUAUUUCAUAAUACAUUGAAAAAUUUAAAUGAAAAUUUCAAUACAAUUCUUGUAAAUUGUCUUCGUCGUAAUACGAUCAGUUUAUAUGAAAAAUAUCAAAUUUAUUCAAUUUUUCGACAACAUAAUCGUUUGGCUUAUUAUUUCUUAUUAACUGAUAAAGAUGUUUGGAGUCAAUUAUUCUUUUUUAUUGCUUUAUUUGGUAUACCAAUCAAAGUAACAAUAAUGUCCGAAUUAAUUGUUGAAGAUUUACCUAUACAAGCUCAAUUACUAUUCAUAUUUGUUGCAACUAUACAUACAUCAACUUCAUUUAUUACAUUUAUGUCAUUGGCAAAAGUAUCUGAUGAUUUCCAUCAAAUUAAAAAACAAAUACCAUCUCUGCAAUUUCGAUUAAAACAUAAUCAACAUUUACGUUUGAAAUUAAAAUAUGAUGAUCUUUAUGAACGUUUGAUGUUUGGUAGAAAAAUCUGCUAUACAAUUGGUUAUCUUGGUAAUCUAACAUUUCGUGGCCUGUUUGAAGCAUUUUUAAUGCAUAUUAUGGCAUUUUUCCUUAUCAUACGAUUCUAUAUUGAAUCACAUAAUUAA